CGUAUUCCGUCUCCUUCCCAACCUUUGCUGCGCCGGUUCUACCUGAUCCAUCACCACAGAGGGACAGGACAUCGGCUCGUUUUUUUUCUCUCCCUUUCUUGUCUCGUCCUUGCGUCGCGCGCAUACCAACUUCAGCUUUCGCCGCUCGUCUCGUGCGGUUUCGUCAUCAUGAGAACCGCCCUCACUCUCUCCCUGGCGGCUGUCGCCAACGCUGCCUCUUUCAGCGUCGGCACCAUCCAUGACAGGUCCGCUCCUAUCCUCAGCUCCAUCGAGGCCGAGACCAUUCCGGACUCGUACAUCAUCAAGUUCAAGGACCACGUUGAUGAGACUGCUGCGUCUGAUCAUCACACCUGGAUCCAGAACAUCCACAGCCAUGGCGAGCAGGAGCGCCUGGAGCUGCGAAAGCGCUCCACUCCCUUCACAGACAAGACCUUUGCUGGUCUGAAGCACACCUUCAACAUUGGCAAGGGCUUCAAGGGCUACGCCGGCCACUUUGACGAGUCCGUCAUUGAGCAGGUCCGGAAUCACCCCGACAUCGAGUUCAUCGAGCGAGACACCCUCGUCCACACCAUGAUCCCCGUCCAGAACCAGGACGCCGUUUCUGAGUACAAGUGCGACGACGGCAAGACUGAGACCUCGGCUCCUUGGGGCCUUGCCCGUAUCUCUCACCGUGAUACUCUCAACUUUGGUACCUUCAACAAGUACCUUUACUCCGCCGAUGGUGGUGAGGGUGUUGAUGCCUACAUCGUCGACACUGGCACCAACAUCGACCACGUCGACUUUGAGGGUCGCGCUCAUUGGGGCAAGACUGUCCCUGCCGGCGAUGCUGAUGAGGAUGGCAACGGUCACGGCACUCACUGCUCUGGUACCGUCGCCGGUAAGAGGUACGGUGUUGCCAAGAAGGCCAAUGUCUACGCCGUCAAGGUCCUCCGAUCCAACGGCUCUGGUUCCAUGUCCGACGUCGUCAAGGGUGUCGAGUUCGCUGCCACCAGCCAUCUCGAGCAGGCCCAGAAGGCCAAGGACGGUAAGCGCAAGGGCUUCAAGGGCUCCGUCGCCAACAUGUCUCUUGGUGGUGGCAAGACCCAGGCUCUCGAUGCCGCUGUCAAUGCCGCUGUCCGCACUGGUGUUCACUUCGCCGUCGCUGCUGGUAACGACAACGCUGAUGCUUGCAACUACUCCCCCGCCGCCGCCGCCGAGCCCGUCACUGUCGGUGCCUCUGCUCUCGAUGACAGCCGUGCUUACUUCUCCAACUACGGCAAGUGCACUGACAUCUUCGCCCCCGGCCUGAACAUUCAGUCCACCUGGAUUGGCUCCAAGUACGCCAUCAACACCAUCUCUGGUACCUCCAUGGCCUCUCCUCACAUUGCUGGUCUCCUCGCCUACUACCUGUCUCUCCAGCCCGCUGAGGACUCUGAGUACGCCAUGGCCUCCAUCACCCCCAAGAAGCUCAAGGAGAACCUCAUCUCCAUUGCCACCGAGAACGCUCUGUCCGACAUUCCCUCUGACACCCCCAACCUGCUUGCCUGGAACGGCGGUGGCUGCAGCGACUACAAGAAGAUCGUCGAGGCUGGUAGCUACCAGGUCAACAAGGCUUCUCCUUCUUCUCCCGCCAAGCAAAUCAAGGAUGCCGUCGAGCAGGAGAUUGGUGUCGUCUCUGGCAAGGUCAAGGAGUUCGGCUCCAAGGCUGAGAAGUUCUCCAAGAAGAUCCAUAACCUCGUUGAUGAGGAGCUUGAGCAGUUCCUCAAGGAAAUCAACAUGUAAGAACUUAACAUCAUGAGGACUUUAUCAUGAUUUAGAGCUUUGGUUACGCGUUUUUGUUGGGAAUACGGAUGGGCAUUCGGUCGCUGGGUUUUGUUUUGCGUCUCGGUCUUCGUGUGGCUGCAUGAUCGAUGGGGCUGUCUCAUUGAAGAGGCCGUGUAUCAAUUCUGGCUCGCCGGCCAGUGGAUGUGAGCGGCCUGGGUUCAUUGUUUGGUCUCGUGCAUAUGAUAAGAAUACACUUUGUUUGCAAUUUUGUUGAACUGUG